AUAGCAUCAAAUUUUUGAAAAGGCCUCUUCUUUCUUCCUUUCUUUAUCUAUCGCCCUAAACUCAGCAAACCAAUCUCACGGUGACUUUUUUACUGCGAAUCAUUCCGUAGACCCUUCAAUAGUUCGUUCAACUUUUUCCACGCCCACAUCUGUGGUUUCCGAGACGUCCAGAACAAUUUCCCUUGAUAAAGUACCCCACUACCCGAUCUGAACGAUACGGUACCUCUAAGGUUAUCUUAUCAACAUCACGAGCACGAAAAAACCCCUACCUUUAUUGGUUCAAGACAGAACCCUAUCGACAUGGCGGCUUUACCAAAACGGAUCAUUAAGGAGACGGAGAGAUUGAUGCAAGAGCCUGUUCCAGGUAUCAACGCAGUUCCCCAUGAGGACAACUUAAGAUAUUUUGACGUCUCGAUACACGGCCCAUCCUCUUCUCCAUAUGAAGGCGGUAUUUUCAAGCUGGAGUUGUUUUUACCAGAUGACUAUCCGAUGACUCCUCCAAAGAUUAGAUUCCUUACAAAGAUCUACCACCCAAAUAUUGAUAAGCUCGGCAGAAUUUGUUUAGACGUUCUCAAAGGUAACUGGUCUCCUGCACUCCAGAUCCGAACAAUCCUCCUCUCGAUCCAAGCUCUUCUCGGGGCUCCCAACCCGGACGAUCCAUUAGCUCCAGAAGUAGCAAAGAGAUGGAAAGAGGACGAGCCGGCCGCAAUUGCGACUGCUAGAGAAUGGACAAAGACUCAUGCUAUGGCUUAGAUCUGAUCUAGUCUCAUAGUAGUGAAUAUUCAUACACGAAUUAUGGUUUAAAUGAAAGGAUGCGAGAGGUUUUCAGUAUGGAAAGGCACUAUUGCUGUGCGAGAUGGCGUGGAUACAGCGCUGAAACGAUUAAGCGGUUUUUGGUAGAAAAAAAUAUCUCAAGACAUUGCGCAAGCCCUUUUUGUGAUUCUAUUAGCAUAGUUGAGCCAAUUUCAAUCAAUGAGGUUUUGCCUUUUUUUCGUUACUAAG